UUCCAAAAACUAAAUAUCAAAAUUUCAAUAUUUUCAACCACACCACCAUAAAGCCAUAACUGAACAUGGCUUCAUUAAUGCUUCCGGUGGCUCUGAAAGUGACUCCACAAUACAAAGACAUAGACAAAGCCUCGGCGGUUGGUUGAGCGGGCACACUCCUCACUGCUUCUCUCUCUCAUUAAAUGUUCUACCUCCUCCUCCUUCAAAGUUUCAAACCCACUCUCUAUUCGCAGGGUACUCUUAAUUGUCAGUUUUGUUUGUCGGGUCUUUGAAGUUCGCAAUUUUGGUUGGUGGGUUUUCUUAAGUUGCUGAAAUUUUUAAUCUUGGUGGAGAAAAGAAGAAUUUUCAGAGAAAUGGCGGAGACCACGACGGAGAAGAAUUUCCAUUGAUGACCAUGAAGUUGUUAUCUGUAGCUAAAACGGCAAUGGCGAGAGCCCAAGUCGGCGCCUUUGCCAUAGCCUUAAUCUUGUUCGUGAUUCAGAGUGGUUUUGCGCAGCAGGGUUCUUUGAGCUCCAACAUGGAGCUGUCGGCGUUACUGGAGCUCCGGUCUUCGUUGGGUCUCAGAAGCAAAAACUGGCCCAAAAGGGCCGACCCAUGUUCAUCCUGGACCGGAGUCACAUGCAGCAAGAACGGCCGAGUCACUGGAAUUACCUUGUCCGGUUUGAGGCGAACCCGAGUGGGCCGGCAAAACCCCCGGUUCUCCGUCGAUUCACUGGCUAAUAUCACCCUCUUGGCUUCUUUCAACGCCUCCGGGUUCGCGCUUCCUGGGUCCAUACCCGACUGGUUUGGCCAAAGACUUGGUGCACUCCAGGUGCUCGACCUUAGGUCUGCGUCAGUCAUUGGUUCUAUUCCCCAGUCGCUUGGUAAUUUGAAAAAUCUUACUUCUUUGUAUUUAUCUGGCAAUGGUAUUACUGGGAUUUUACCUUCUGCGUUGAUAAACAUAACAGAGUUGGAAAUUAUUGAUCUUUCGAGGAAUGCGAUUACUGGGUCCAUACCUUCUGGCUUUGCCAAUCUUGGAAAGCUUAAAAGUCUUGACGUUUCUUCAAAUUUUCUAUCUGGGUCGGUUCCACCAGGUUUGGGAACCCUUUCAAGGCUUAAGUUCUUGGACUUGUCUGAUAAUAGUCUCACCAAUUCGAUUCCGGUUCAGUUUAGUAACCUUUCCCGGUUGGUUGAGCUUGAUCUUAGCAAGAACACUUUGUCUGGGUCAUUGCCUGUGGAACUGAGAGGGUUGAGGAGUUUGAGAAGGAUGGGGAUUGGAGAUAAUGCUCUCGAAGGUCCAUUGCCGGAGGGUUUGUUUUCGAGUCUUGUUCAGCUGGAAGUUCUGGUUCUGAGUCGGAAUAAAUUUGGUGGUGCUCUUCCUGGUGCCUUGUGGUCACUUCCCAGUUUGCGAUUUCUCGAUGUAUCCCGCAACAAUUUUACAGGAACUCUACCGAACCUGGGUUCAAAUGCUAGUGUUAGUGGCGCUGUGUUCAACCUUUCUCAUAAUCUGUUAUAUGGAAAUCUUACUUUUCCUGUUGGGAAAUUUGUCUCAAUCGAUUUGUCUGAUAAUUUUUUCCAAGGCAAGGUAUUAGAAGAUAGUCAAAGCAAUGAUACUCUUACUGGAAAUUGCCUACAGAUUGUACCAAAUCAAAGGAGUUUGCAGGAUUGUAGGCAGUUUUAUGAAGAGAGGGGUUUAAGUUUCGAUGAUUUUGGGGCCCUAGAACCAGCUCAGCCACCUUUCCUAGAACCUAAAUCAAAAAGCAAGAACCGAUUAACAUUUAUAUUGGUUGGGAUAUUUGGUGGACUCGGCUUCAUUGUGAUUUUGGUACUGGUUCUGGUAGUGCUCCUGAAAAUGUGCAAUAAAGGCACAAAUCAACGUGGAAGUGCAAAUGUUGGGCCUGUUCCAGAAGGAGAUGACCCUUCUCCCAAAGAUCUCAUCGAUGCAUCAGGUCGAGGAGAUUCAUUUACGUAUGAGCAGAUUCUCCAGUCCACUUCUGCUUUCAGUGAAGCAAAUCUUAUAAAACAUGGACACUCUGGAGACAUAUACCGAGGAUCCUUGGCGAGUGGAACCCCUGUAGUUAUCAAAAGGGUAAAUUUGCAUUCCGUAAAGAAAGAAUCAUACACGAUAGAAAUGGAUUUAUUCAGCAAGGUUUCACAUAUGAGAUUGGUGCCACUUUUGGGUCACUGCUUGGAGCAUGAGAGCGAGAAGCUUCUGGUUUACAAAUACAUGCCAAAUGGAGACUUGGCUAGUUCCUUGCACAGGGUUACCAACUUAGGAGAUGGCAAUUUACAGUCCCUGGAUUGGAUUACAAGAUUAAAAAUUGCAAUUGGAGCUGCUGAAAUCCUAGCUUACCUACAUCAUGAAUGCAGCCCACCACUCGUUCACAGAGAUGUUCAAGCAAGCAGUAUACUUCUCGAUGAUAAAUUUGAGGUCCGGCUUGGAAGCUGGAGUGAGGUCCGUGUGCAAGAAGGGGAUGGUAACCCAAAUGUGAUCACGAGAUUGUUGCGGAAACAACAAACCUUGGAACAAAGCCCUUAUGCCUCAGCAUCAGCUGCUUGCUCAUAUGAUGUAUACUGUUUCGGGAAGGUUUUGCUUGAGCUUGUAACGGGUAAGCUUGGCAUCAGCAAAUCUGAUGAUUCCACUACAAGGGAGUUGUUGGAUCACACGGUGCGCUACAUCAGCAUAUAUGACAAGGAACUGUUGAAUAAGAUUGUUGACCCAUCUCUGAUAGUAGAUGAAGAUCUAUUGGAAGAAGUUUGGGCCAUGGCGAUCGUGGCCAGGUCCUGCCUCAACCCCAAGCCGUCUAAGCGUCCCCCGAUGAAAUACAUCCUUAAAGCAUUGGAAAACCCUCUAAAGGUGGUGAGGGAAGAGAGUUCCAGCUCUGCAAGGCUGCGAACGGCUUCAUCGAGAAGAUCCUGGAGCACUGCUUUCUUUGGUAGCUGGCGGCAGAGCUCAUCAGAGAGCGCCACCGCUCCUGGCCACACGAGCAGAGAGAGUAUCAGUGGCUUAAAACGGGAAUCCUCUGCAUCACACAAAAGGUUAUCAAGUGAAAUAUUCCCUGAGCCAAUUGAAAUACAAGAUCUCGAGCGACAAGAUGAACAUUAGAUAUGAAGAACAACAACGCAGUCUUCACACAGACCUCCGGUAUCUGCAUUAAGCUCUGCAUCUGCGAUUCUACGUUAAGCUCGACGACGAUGCCGGAUAAAGAUUACGAGCUAUCUGGCGGAUUGGAAAUGCCUGGUGAAGUUGGUCUAAAAGUUGAGUCAGAUUGUUAUUGGUAUGCUAAGCUUGUUAAUUGAAGAAAACAAGCUGCAAAGCUCAGUGACAGAUGCUUUAUAAAAGAUCCCACGAGCGGAGUAUGAAUUUGUUACAGAUUGGAAAUUGGUAAUAAAUCUAUUACAAGAA